AUGUGCCACCGCAGGAGCCGUGCCACCUUUACCCUUCAAGAUGUGCAGCCGCCGAGUCGCAUUCACCGUCCUCUGCGUGGCCUUGGUGCUAGCGCUCGUCACACAGGAGGCGCACGCAACCAAGCUCAAGAAAUUGGCAAAGUACGCGCUCAUCAGCGCCGCCCUGGCGCCGAGGGUGGUCCCUGUUCCUAUCCCAGUCGGCCACCACCACCACCAUGGGCACCACCACGGGCACCACCACGGGCACCACCACGCGCACCACCCUGUUCCCGCCUGGCCCGCAGGCUGGCCCGAAGGAUGGCACGGAGGAUGGCACGGUGGCGUGCACGCUGGCUACGGCUGGCAUUGAGAGACAUACCGAGGACGGUUGGCAACAGAGGCUUGGAGCACGGCAGGGUCUUACAGCCAGCAGGAGAUGCCCGCGCUGACUGGUCGUGAAGUAUUCUGCUUCCACUCGUUCACCAAGGCGUGAUGGAACACAAGCAUCUCCGUGGCCGGACUUUGAUUUUAGUCCCUCGACGAACGCAAGCACUCGACGGCAGCUAUCGUAUGAGGCGGCCCAGGCCAGCAAUAUUGGCAGGGUAUCGAAGCCUUAUAGACCUGACCAGUAAGCAGCCUAACGCAUCAGUAAACCGGUUGCGAACAAGAAAGGUCGUAGCAUAUGCCAUAACUUCGAGCUUGGGUGCAGUAGAGGGAUGUGUGAUAGCUAUAGCCGCAUUACAAGGACUCGUGUUACAACUUACUAGUCUUACUAGUCGCUAACGUUUCUGUCGUAGUCUCAAGCGCACUUUAAAUAGCCGUAACGACAGACUUUACAGUUUAUUCGCUUAACGCCAAGGAGGUAAACCUAAGGUGUCGCUAUACCCAUUUCGCGACCUCCUGUACACUUACGAAUAAUUUAGAGCUGAGGCACAGCCGAGUUACUAACAAGCGAGAAAUACAUGUACCGUUCGUUUGACAGUUGUGUUUUGAAUUGUCGCUGACAUCGUAUCAGCAUCGCUAUGUUCACCCGACGUGUCCGCUAUCACUUACUCCGCGGCCAAUCACUUCUCAGGACUCGCACUUAUACCUCUGAAACAAUGUUGAACCUGUAAAUAAA